CUUGUCGGCUUGUGGGUUCCGUUCCAGUUUUUAAGUUCCAGUAUUCAGUCGACAAGCGACAGCGAUACGAACACGAGUGCGAGUGCGAAUCAGUUUGUGGGUGUAAAUUACAGCAACAGAUUCCAACGAAACGAAACAUCAGAAUGGUGUCUGUGGAGACUAUUGGUUCUAUUUUCAUCAAGGCCCUAAAGCUGAUCAUCAACCUGGUGAUCAUCUUCCUGUACCGUUGGGGCGAUGGCGGAGAGUUCCUGGGCAUUGGCGGCACCUGGAACCUCAACGAAGAGAAGAGCGCAGAUGCGGAAAUUGUCGGCUCUGGAGUAAUGGUUGGAUUCUUGAUCUACACGGGCUGCCACACGAUUGCCUAUGCCUUCGGCACCACCAAGCACAAGGGUGAACUCUGCGACACCAUCAUGAACGUGGUGGGAUGCAUCAUGUGGAUAGCCGUUGGCGGCGUGGCCCUGCACUACUGGAAGGGUUACAUGUCCGACGAGGGAUUCCUGUACGUCAACUCUGAGCGACAGGUGGGCAUUGCCAUGGGCUCGCUGUGCGUCAUCGAGGGAGCACUCUACCUGCUGGACACAGUUCUGGCCUGCAUCCAUUACUCCAAGGGCGACACCGACUACACGCAGUAAUGGGAGCAGACUCCACCCAAAAGGGUCGCCGAAUACCAUUUCCACACAUAAACCCCAUAAGCCUUAGGAUCGCUUUAAGUGCAAACUAGUUUUUAUCGUAUGCCGUUUAUCCAUUAUCCAUUAUCCGAUUUACUGUAGUUAUACGUUAAGUACAGUUGUUCGUAAGGGUCUAUUGUCGCUAUAACUUUUUUCUAACUUUUUCUAUUAUAUUCUCUUCGAUUCGGCAUUAAUCUGUACACCACACAACAAAAAGCUGGCAAAUACAAAUAGUUAAGUCCAUGCCAAAGGA